AUGGCUCGGAAGCCGGAAGAGGUCGGCCCGGCCCCGGGGGCUUUCAAACUCGCUCGGCCCGGCCCACUAGACAGGCCUGUCCUUAGCCGCGCCUGUCUCCAACCUGUAACAAAACCGGGUCUUCCCUUAACCGGUUGUGUCCUCACCCUAACCGACGUGUUACCAUUCAGGUCUGUCUCCAACUGGGGUCGUCCCAAACCGGCUUUGCCCCCAAACCGGGUUUGCCUUGAUCCGGGUCUGCCACUAACCGGCUUUAGGGCCGCAGACUUCGGAACAAGUAGUCGCUUUUUGGAGUAG